GGUGGGGCCUAUUUCUACGGAAGUCAACAAAACGCACCGUCGCUGCGGAUCACUACCUUCUCCUUUACGUCUUUAAUGAACAUUUAACAGAGCAGACGCGAGAGAGAGGAAUCUCCGAACUCCGGCGAAAAUCGAGCUCCGUGUGAUCGACAGGUUUAUGUGCGUAAGCUUCAAUCAGCCUCUUUGAGUUUGAGGAUGAAACUCUAAAAGAAACCUUUUUUUUGCUUGAAAAUAAGAAAAAUGAAGCGUUUUGUUUACAUUAACGAUGAUGAAGCUUCAAAGGAGCUUUGUUGUGAUAACCGUAUAUCUAACACAAAGUAUAAUUUGUGGAAUUUCUUUCCAAAGAACUUGUUGGAGCAAUUCAGCCGGUUCAUGAACCAGUACUUCUUGUUGAUUGCAUGCCUUCAGCUAUGGUCACUUAUAACCCCUGUCAAUCCUGCAAGUACAUGGGGUCCGUUGAUAUUCAUAUUUGCCGUCUCCGCUUCCAAAGAAGCUUGGGAUGAUUACCACAGGUAUCUCUCUGAUAAGAAAGCAAACGAGAGAGAGGUUUGGAUCGUCAAACAUGGGAUCAAGAAGCAUAUCCAAGCACAGGACAUACAAGUUGGCAAUAUUGUCUGGUUGCGUGAGAAUGAUGAAGUUCCUUGUGAUCUAGUUUUGCUUGGUACCUCUGAUCCACAAGGUGUUUGCUAUGUAGAGACUGCUGCUUUAGACGGUGAAACCGAUCUCAAAACAAGAGUCAUACCUUCUGCAUGCGUGGGAAUUGAUUUAGAAUUGUUACACAAAAUGAAAGGUGUGAUUGAGUGUCCUAUUCCAGAUAAGGAUAUCCGAAGAUUUGAUGCAAACAUGCGCUUGUUUCCCCCAUUUAUCGACAAUGACGUCUGUUCUUUAACUAUAAAAAAUACUCUUCUUCAGUCCUGUUACUUGAGAAAUACGGAGUGGGCUUGUGGAGUAUCUGUUUAUACAGGCAACCAAACCAAGCUUGGUAUGUGUAGGGGUGUAGCUGAACCAAAACUUACUGCUAUGGAUGCAAUGAUUGAUAAAUUGACUGGAGCAAUAUUCGUUUUCCAAAUUGUUGUUGUUCUGGUUCUCGGUGUUGCUGGAAAUGUCUGGAAAGAUACAGAAGCAAGAAAGCAAUGGUAUGUGCAGUAUCCAGAGGAAGCCCCGUGGUAUGAGCUGCUUGUAAUCCCUUUGCGGUUUGAGCUUCUAUGUUCCAUCAUGAUACCCAUCUCCAUUAAGGUAUCUCUAGAUCUGGUUAAGGGCCUUUAUGCAAAAUUUAUAGAAUGGGAUGUGGAGAUGGUAGAUCAAGAGACUGGUACAGCAUCUUAUGCAGCAAACACGGCAAUAAGUGAGGACCUUGGGCAAGUAGAGUACAUUUUGACCGACAAAACUGGGACCCUGACAGACAACAAGAUGAUAUUUAGAAGAUGUUGUAUUGGUGGCAUUUUCUAUGGGAAUGAGAAUGGGGAUGCUUUAAAAGAUACACAACUUUUAGAUGCCAUCACCAGUGGCUCUACAGAUGUCAUCCGAUUUCUUACAGUUAUGGCCAUCUGCAACACAGUUAUACCUGUACGAAGCAAAGCUGGAGAAAUUAUAUACAAGGCCCAAUCUCAGGAUGAGGACGCUCUUGUAGCUGCUGCGGCGAAGUUGCAUAUGGUUUUUGUCGGCAAAAAUGCCAAUCGUCUAGAACUCAUGUUUAAUGGUGUGAUGAUUCGUUAUGAGGUACUGGAAAUUCUUGAGUUCACGUCAGAUAGAAAAAGAAUGUCAGUGGUAGUGAGAGAUUGUCAGAAUGGGAAAAUUAUUCUUUUGUCAAAAGGUGCAGAUGAAUCAAUCCUUCCCUCUGCGUGUGCUGGUCAGCAAACCAGAACUAUUGCUGAAGCCGUUGAACACUAUGCCCAGUUGGGGCUCCGAACAUUGUGUUUGGCCUGGCGUGAACUGGAAGAAGAUGAGUAUCUAGAGUGGUCAGUAAAGUUUAAAGAGGCUAGUAGUGUUCUAGUCGAUAGGGAGUGGAGAAUUGCAGAGGUGUGUCAACGGUUAGAACAUGAUCUUUAUAUUCUAGGAGUCACUGCAAUAGAAGACCGCUUGCAGGAUGGUGUACCAGAGACAAUUGAGACACUUAGAAAAGCAGGGAUAAACUUUUGGAUGCUGACUGGAGAUAAGCAGAAUACAGCUAUACAGAUUGCUCUUUCAUGUAAUUUUAUCUCCCCAGAGCCUAAAGGUCAACUUCUAUUGAUUGAUGGAAAAAGCGAAGAAGAUGUGUCUAGGAGUUUGGAGAGGGUUUUACUUACAAUGCGGACUACAACUUCAGAACCUAAGGACGUGGCAUUUGUUGUUGAUGGCUGGGCACUAGAAAUUGCUCUGAAACACCAUCGCAAGGAUUUUGUUGAAUUAGCUAUACUUUCUAGGACAGCCAUAUGUUGUCGUGUCACACCUUCACAAAAAGCUCAGUUAGUUGAGAUUUUAAAAUCCUGUGAUUAUCGAACCCUGGCAAUUGGUGAUGGUGGGAAUGAUGUAAGAAUGAUACAGCAAGCUGAUAUCGGGGUCGGCAUUAGCGGAAGAGAAGGGCUGCAGGCAGCAAGAGCUGCAGAUUAUAGCAUUGGAAGAUUUAGGUUUCUGAAAAGACUGAUUCUUGUUCAUGGGAGGUAUUCGUAUAACCGGACAGCAUUUUUGUCCCAGUAUUCCUUCUACAAAUCAUUGUUGAUAUGCUUCAUCCAGAUUUUCUUCUCGUUUAUUUCAGGCGUUUCUGGAACCAGUCUUUUCAAUUCGGUUAGCUUGAUGGCUUAUAACGUGUUCUACACCAGUGUUCCUGUUCUAGUUAGUGUAAUUGAUAAAGAUCUUAGUGAAACUACAGUAAUGCAACAUCCUCAAAUUUUAUUCUACUGCCAAGCUGGAAGGCUUCUCAAUCCAAGCACAUUUGCGGGGUGGUUUGGUCGAUCCCUUUUUCACGCGAUUGUUGUAUUUGUAAUAACAAUUCACGCAUAUGCUUAUGAGAAAAGUGAAAUGGAGGAGCUUGGAAUGGUAGCUCUCUCUGGGUGUAUAUGGCUUCAGGCUUUCGUUGUCGCUCAAGAAACCAACUCCUUUACGGUGUUGCAACACCUUUCCAUUUGGGGAAAUCUGGUCGGAUUCUAUGUCAUAAACUUUCUCUUCAGCGCCAUACCAUCAUCGGGAAUGUACACGAUCAUGUUCCGCCUCUGUUCUCAACCUUCGUACUGGAUUACAAUGUUUCUGAUAGUUGGAGCGGGGAUGGGUCCUAUAUUCGCAUUGAAGUACUACCGUUACACAUACAGACCCAGCAAGAUCAAUAUACUCCAACAAGCUGAACGUAUGGGCGGUCCAAUACUGACUCUAGGUAACAUAGAAACACAACCGAGGACCAUCAUCGAGAAGGACGUGUCUCCAAUAUCCAUAAUGUCGACUCAGCCCAAGAACCGAAGCCCUGUUUACGAGCCUCUGUUAUCAGAAUCUCCAAACGCAAUUCGACGGUCAUUUGGCCCUGGAACUCCCUUCGAGUUCUUCCAGUCACAGUCAAGAUUGUCAUCAUCAUCUGGUUAUACCAGAAACUGCAAAGACAAUUAAAAAGAUUUGAGUUUUUUUUUCUCUUUUUUUCCCACAUUUUUAAAGUCCCGUGACGUAUCUUAACUCAGCUGGAAAUGCAGAUGAAAACAAAAGGCAAAAAAAAAACGAAAGAAAUGGGAACUUUUUUUAGAACUGUUGUAUAUAGACAACUUUACCGGAUUUAUAUUGAAAGAUAGUCUUUUUUAGAUACA